AUGGAGCGUUCGCAAAGUCGCCUCAGCCUGUCUGCCUCCUUUGAAGCCCUGGCCAUUUACUUCCCCUGCAUGAACAGCUUCGAUGAGGAAGAGGCGGAAGGAGAUGGCCGGAAACUCAAAGGUGCUAUCCAGCGGAGUACAGAAACUGGACUGGCUGUUGAAAUGCCAAGUCGAACUAUCCGGCAAGCCAGUCACGAAUCCAUUGAGGAUAGUAUGAACAGCUAUGGAUCAGAAGGAAACUUGAAUUUCAAUGGAGUUCAUCUGGCAUCUGCUGGGCAGUUCAGUGAUUUCUUGGGCAGCAUGGGACCAGCACAGUUUGUGGGUCGCCAGACCUUGGCCACUACCUCCAUGGGAGAUGUGGAAAUUGGAUUGCAAGAACGAAAUGGACAGCUGGAAGUGGAUAUUAUUCAAGCCCGAGGAUUGACCGCAAAGCCUGGCUCUAAAACCCUUCCAGCGGCAUACAUCAAAGCCUAUCUCCUAGAAAAUGGAGUUUGCAUUGCAAAGAAGAAAACUAAAGUGGCUCGCAAAUCUUUAGACCCCCUGUACAAUCAAGUGCUACUUUUCCCAGAGAGCCCGCAAGGCAAAGUUCUCCAGGUGAUCGUCUGGGGAAACUACGGGCGCAUGGAACGCAAACACUUCAUGGGUGUUGCUCGGGUCCUCUUGGAAGAACUGGAUUUGUCCACUCUGGCAGUUGGUUGGUAUAAGCUUUUCCCAACCUCUUCAAUGGUGGAUCCUACUACUGCUCCCCUCCUGCGCCAGUCCUCACAGCUUUCCCUGGAGAGUACAGUAGGACCUUGUUGUGACAGAUCUUAAUAAGCAAGGAAGUACUAAGGGUACUGAUUCUAUUUUUAAGAUCAUGAUCUCAAGGUUUUGUUUGCCUGAACGCUGUCCUCAAGUGCAUUGCAUCUUCAAUCAGUCCCUGGGGGAGUCUGAAGGUGAGGAUAGCCAAGUAACCUUGAUGAAAUCAAAAUGGAGGCCACUGACCUUUCUCCAUCCAAGUAGGAGGAGCUGUGGGGCACAAGUCCUAAUUAUGAAAUGAUGCUGAUAAGACACACUUUUCGGUUUUUCAUUUAUUCACUGUCAUCUACACAUCUUCAGAUCAAUGUAACAUCUUGAAACGUUGCAGCCAUUUAUUUUCAUUGGGGAAGAUGUUCUUUUUUAAUACUAUUUUACAAAUUUGAAAAUAAAAUGAACUUUGGCUAUUCUUAAUUAUUCAAAGGAAACAUCUGACCUAAAUAACAGCAGUUUCAGGGAAACUUUAUGGGGUUUGUAAAUGUUCUUUUUCCUUUUAAAGAGUGGGGAGGAGGGAGAAAGAACUGCAACUAUUUCUUAGAGCAAAUUGCAUUUAAGGUACAAGUACCAUUGCUGUAUUUUUUUAAUAUUGUGCCAAAUUACCAGCAGUGUCUUCUACUACUAUAGGACUUAGGUCAACAAUACUGCUGAAGAAUUAUUUUGUGCGAAGAACUAGAAAAGAUUCUAGGUCACUCAGUUGCAACACAGAACACAGCAAACCACUUAACUGGAACACUGCGCAAAAAUUACAAAUUGGAAAAUUUGUAGAGAUUAGAUUUAUUAUUGUAUUGUCAGUACAGAAAGACACACACCAUACCUUACCUCAGCUUUUGCUGUGCUUCUUCUCGUUGUGUCUUCUUAUUCCCAUAUUCUAGCCAUGCUUUGGAUUUUUAGUGCAUAUCUUUUGAUGUAGAAUAGGGUUUGGUUUCAAGGACAAUAAUUGAUUCCACAAUUGCAAGUAAAAUUACAAUAUAAAGGUUUGCUUUAUUUAACGGAAAGAUACAAGAAGUUGACAAUUCCAUUUAUCAUCUGAGAGACAUGUGCAAAGGUCUUGGGAAGCUACAUUUAACAGAAGGAAAUUUUAUUUGAUCUACCAGUGUUGAGAGGCAACCUGGGGAAAGAAGAGAACAGCUGGAUUUUUCCAAAGUUCAGUUGCAGGAAGUAGUAAAGGCAUUUUCACAAGUGACUCUAAAAGCAUCAUGAGGUCUUUGAAAUUAGUUUUAUUCAUAUGUGAAUUAUUAUAAUGCACUUUGAAACUAAUGAGCGCAGGGAAUAAUUAAAAUUGGCAUUUUGGCUUUCUUGUAGCUUUGUAUGCUUGUACAUAUAGCUAAUCUAUGAGUGAACAUGCCCUACUCGUAUUAUAUUCUUGAUUCCUCCAUGCAUCAUUAUACAAUUGAAGCAGCAAAUAAGAAUAUGGCUUCUACUGUGCUAGAUAUACUGAUCUACAUCUAGCAUAAAGAGAAUGUUUAUUUUUUAGCAGAGUUAGCUUUGAAACAGCUGAAGAGGUGGAACUAUCACUAAAGGUUUGCAGAUGUCACUUGUGAAAAUGGUCUAGUUGUUGCAGAUUAUCUUUGGGAGAAUUUAAAACUAUAAGAAUAAUAAUAAUGUAAAUAUCUUAAAUUAGCCAAUAAAAAGGUUAGCUAUAUAUACACAUAUAUAAUAUACAGCUAGACAACAAAUAUCAAUGGUUGGUGGUGGAUAAUUUAAUCACUAUCCUAGAUUACCUGGACAUUGUUCUAAAUGAAGGCAGUAGAACUGCCUCUCCAAUCUGGUCCUCAUCAAGUAUUUAGAUUACAUGGCCCUAAAUUUCCAGCCAGCAUGAUGGAUGUCCAUAUUUGGCUGGGAAUUCUGGGAUUUAUACCCCAACACAUCUAGAAGGUAACAUUCAUAAGACUGCAUUAGAGGCAGCUGUUUUAAACGGUUUUUCAUGCCAGGAUUAGAAAUUCUAUCUAGAUGCUAUUAUAUAUUCCUUUUAGUUUCUACUCUAAUGAUUGGUAUGUUUUUCUGUUAGAAUGGCAACAGUUGUCUUCAUUUCACAAUUCAAGAUUCCAAACUAUGUAUUAAUAUUUUUGAGCCAUCUGAAAAUGGCUUCCUAACCUGUUAUUACAGCAGAAAGUAGUAAUCAGGUGGCACACAAAAAAAGCAUGGCUAAAGCAUGACUAUAGGGAUACCCAUAGAAUGAAAUCUAGACAGUUGUAUGUUAUAUGUAGCAUUUUAAUGGUUUGUAAAAUAACAAUCAAACAUUGAUCACAAAAUCAAUAGGUCUAGUAUGAACUCUGCUAGGAAUAAUCUAUUAUAGAUAAUAGAAUACAAGAAUAAUGUUAAUUUUAAGCAUUUACAAUCAUAAAACCUCCAGAGUUUCAGUCUGAUUGUCUAAAAUUAUUUUAUUUAUGUGCUUUCCAGAGAAUUUCUUUCAAUAUACAUAUCAGAGAAUUUCUGUGUAUAGACUGAAGGAAGGUAGUUGCAGUAUAGACACUGGUCAAAGUAUGUCAUGACUGUUUAAGUUUAUUUUUAAAAACCUUAUACUUCAAGUUGCUAUAUAUUCAUAUUUAUGUAUAAUAAUUAUUAGGCAAUAUUGUACAAUAUCUGUAUGAAUUAGAAUAGUUUAGGUUAGAUUUAAUAGUUGGUAGCCAAUCUAACAGUCUUGUUGUUUAGAAGAACUGUAGGAAACUGAUGCAUUUCAGGAUUGGGAACUGAAGGGCAGAUGUUCAUGUUUUAUAAAUUCAAAAGAUGUUUUGGUUAUUUAAACUUAUAAAUCUGAUCAUAUUUUGUAUGUUUUCUGCAAUCAGCUGCCAAUUUUUACAGCAAAUUUAAAUAUCUUUUAUUCUUCUAUUCCCGGGAUAAUUAUCAACAAAAUAAAAAAGGCAACAAAAACUGCAUCCGAAAAAAACCCAAGGAUUCCACUAAGAGAUUCUAUUAAAUAUAGCAAAAUAGAAUAGAACAUUAAUAUGAUUAAAAUUCACUUCUUAAUAGAUGAAAGCUCUGGGCUCAGAAAAAAGACUUUUGCAUGCCUAGGGCAAAAACCAUGGAUAAAGUUGACUGGGACAAAGAUGAUGAAGUUUUCAGUAAGUUAUCAUCCUCUGAGAAAUUCUGCCUAAAGCUAUCUUGAUUGAGAAGUAUAUAUUAUGGCGUAUGAUUUAAUAUAUGUAAAUGUACACCCUGCAUUUGGAAAUAGGCAAUGAAUAUAUUUCAAGUUAAUAUAUAUUUGUGGUUUAAAUAUUUAUUUACUGUAAUAUAUAGCUAUCUGACUUGGAAGGUUACAAACAAUAAUUAAUAUGCAAACUUGUACAGGAAAGUACCAAAAGUAGUAGAAUACCAGCUGCAUUGAAAUAUUUCUGUUAAUUCAAGCUCAUUUCAGCAUGGGCUUUACAAUCAGGUUAAAAGCUGGUUCCAAGCCUGCUGAAUAAAUCACUGUUGUAAAAUGAGAUAUAAAUUGCUAUUUGAUCCAGAAUGAUUUCGAAUACAUUAUUAAACCAUAUGCAUAAUGCACAUAGUGAUUGUUUUUAAAUGAAGAAUUGGAAAUUGAUUUAUUGAAAUUCAGGUUUUAUGUCCUUUGUAAGCAUGCAAUUCCAUUAAUUGGUCUGUAUACAAAUUAUUUACAAAUUAACUGAAAUUUGUUGAAAUAGCAGGCAAGGUUGCUAACUCCUCUGUAAAGUUACGUCAGUGAUAGUAUUAAAUAAAAAUGGUGCAAGAGGGUAAACAACUUUUAUAGUGCUCCUCCAAGUCAUUUUAUGUGCCUUGCAUUUCAUUCACACUCAGAGCAGGAGAACAAGAGUCACAAAUUGUAGUUUUCACAUUUUGGCCAAGUUCUCUGCAUCCUCUAAAACAGGGGUCUCCAACCUUGGCAACUUUAAGACUUGUGAACUUCAACUCCCAGAGUUCCUCAGCCAGUAGUUGAAGUCCACAAGUCUUAAAGUUGCCAAGGUUGGAGACUCCUGCUCUAAAAGAUAAACCAGCUGUACACCUGGAUGGGUUAGAAUUUACGAGCCUUACAUCAAGGUAACAGGAAGGAUCAAAAAUAUCAAGAUGGCAGCCAUGAUCACCUAAUAAAGUCCCAACAUGAAGUCCUGGUGCAUGUACUACAAGUCAAACAAGGGGAAAGGGGUACUUGUAACCUUUUAAAUUUAUGGAAAUUAUUUAGCCUCUUCUCAUUCCUAGCAUUCAGUCCAAAAGACUUCCCCUGAAGAUGGAUAUAUUAUCGGAGCGGUAUUAUUAAUAAUUAUUGACAAAACUAUGUCAUCAGAGAGAAUUAGCAACGCUCAUAGUUGCAAGAGUCAAGCAAUUAUCAAAAAUAGUAAGGGAGGUAUAUAGAUUUGAUCUGAAACCAACACUUCCAACCCCUACAUAAAUGCAAAUAUACUUAUCUACAAAAAAAUUUUGUUCUUUUUUGGCACUGGAAUUCAGUUACAUUUUAGUUCCAAUUUUUCUUCACCUGUAUACAUCUGAUAAAAGAUGAGCCAUACUAGAUGCUAUUUAAAAAAAAAAACAGCCAAAGAUGGUGUAGAAAUUUGCGAGACUAAAGAUGGGAUUUCUCUUCCAUCUUCCUAACUGUAGAAAAGGAGAAACUAAGAUUUGUUAAGAGUGAAAAGAUCUGUCCAUAAUAGUUUUCAUGGCACAGGAGGUAUCCAGAUUCAGAACUGAAAUCUGUUUUUGAAACAUGAAAGUGAAUCUGGGUUUCCAAUGCCUGAGAGUGCCUAAUUAUUCUUUCUCAAUAAGUAGAAUUAUUUUGAAGAUGAGAGAUAAAACAAAAUACAGACUGUUCAACUCAUAAUUUCUAGCUCUGUGAUGAGAGUUCCGAAGAAAAUGAAAAGAACAAAUCACGAAUGGUUUUGCUGUAUAUAUAACACCUUUUUAAUGUUUCUAAUACUGGAUCUCUUAUAAAUGUACUGUUUAAAAAGUAGUCAUAAAUUAAUGUAUAGAAUGAAAUUCUGUAGAUGUUGAGGCCGUAAGAAUCUCAGUGUAAGCAUGUGUAGUAGAAACCAUCUUAGAUAGCAGGUCAACUUUUUAAUGAAAUACAUUCUAAGUUUAUUACAGGCUGUUUAACACUGGAGAAAUAUGUUCUUUAAAAACAAAAAAUGUAUUUUUUUUACAGAGGCUGUAUAAUUUAAUCUUUUUUUAACAGAAAAUGUUUUAUGUUCUUGGUAUACAUAAUAUUGUUUUUCUUGUCCAUAGAAACAUUUUAAAAACCUACUAGAAGUAAAUGGGUUUGUCCCACUGAAUUAAAACAGAACUUCAGCACAAUAAGUUAACCUUGAAAAACUUUAUCGAUUUAGCGUUAGAUACAUAUAAUUAAACAUUUUAAUCUGGAAAUGCAGAAAUAUGUAAAUAGCUACCAGGAAAUCUUCCUGUAGAAAUUUCACUUGAAAUUAUAAUUUAAUAUUAUUAAUAUUGUGUAAGAAUAUUUGCAAUUCUUUAUUAAAUCACUGCUAACAAUCUUAAGAACCAAGCCUUUCUUGAAAGAAUUCAUGUAAUUUGAAGCUGAGAAAAGAAAGAGAUCUACUUUGCUAGUUGUCCUAAUCCUAUAUCCUUAUAAACAAAAUAAGAGUCUUUUUAUAAUAAGUUUAAAUAGUCUUACAAGCAAUAAUAUAUUAUUAUUAUUUUGGUGUGUAUUGAUUGUGAUGUGGAGAUGGCAGUACAUGGAUAUAAUCUACAAUGACAGAUUUAAUUCUUUGGGAUUUCAACUCUGGAAUAGCCAUAUUAAUCAUGGUCGUCCUUUAAGUGUGUGUUUUAGUAAUGUUCUGCCAAUGGUUUAAUUCUCAAUUUACUUGUGCAAGCCAAUACUUUCACUGAUCAUCCCAUUUCUGUAAAUUGACUUUCAUGAUACAGGGUUCAAUAUAAAAUUUACAGAUGUGUCAGAUUUUCUAAUUUUGGGAUCAUUUAACAUUUGUCAUUGUUCUUCCAGGCUUUCCCACUGCCAAAAUGUAAACUCUGAAUUUCAUAGUAGCACUGCCCCCUCUAAUGGCCUCUUUGGCAAAUAUUCCUCACUGAAAGAAACAAUUUGCAGUGCAUUAUUUUUCCUGGGCUAUAUUCUAAUAUUUCUAACAUGACACCAGAGAAAUACAUGCACCUUUAUAAACCGCAAGGAUGAAUCAAUGGCCAAACCUGCACAAAUGUAUUGUUUGUGUGUCUUUUCACAAAAUUGCAAAUGAUUUCUUGGAGGUUUUACCUAAGGCUUCUGCCAGAUUCUACAGCUGUAGAAUCUACUUUGUUAAGUAGCAUCCAAAAUGUGAAAUAGCAUCCAAAAAAACAUCAGCCCAAUUUACAAAAUAAACAUUAUUCUGCUCCAUCCAGUGCCAAACAAAAGUGCUGAAGUGCAAUGAGAAGGGGGGGAAAAUGAGCAGGCAAAAUCCCAUUGAAAUAUAUUUUACUUUCUUGUGCAAAAAUUUAGCUCAGGUAGCCCUUUUUUCUGGCAAUCCAAUGGAAAAUUAAAUACCUUUGUGCUGAUUAAUUUAAUUACCAGCUACAUUUAGUGUGCCAAAUUAAAAAUAGCUGUCAGGGAACAAUUCCUCUGGGCCAGAUCUGUUUUCUUACUUCCAUCUGCCAAACACAAAGCUCAAACACAAAGGUACAUUAUUUUCCCUAGAGAAGUCCACCAUUCUAAUGCCAAAGCCUUCCCUGAAAAGUCACAUUGUGUACUUGUGUUUCUCAACCUUGGCUACUUUAAGAUGUGUAAAUUUCAACUCCCUGAAUUCCCAAGUCAGCAUGACUAUAGUAGUUAAAUCAUGAAAUUCAUCAUCAUAAAGUGAUGGCUGCCAACAUAGGAAGCUCUAAAAGAGGAUUAUAUAUAUAUUGAGACUAUGAAACUGGUUACAAUAUCUGCUGCUAGCCUACUUCUAGAGACUAAACUGCUAAGAAACUAGAGUAAGUGGGAGGGGCAAAUAUUGUCUUCAUAUUGCAUCUUUGUCACAAUGGGAAACAGAAUAUAAAAGAAUCCUUUUUUAUAAGCAUCAUGGUGUAAUGGAUGAGAGGCAUGAUGGCCUAGUGGUAAGGAUGCUCGCCUCCCACUCAGAAGGUUGAGACUUCAAUAGUAUGAUUGCGUAGCCAAGGCUCCAAAAUAAUAACUCAUAUAGGUAAGCACCUUUGCUUCAAGUGAGGGUUGAUUAAGUCCAGCCAGUUCUGCCCUGUACACAAUAACUCUAGGUGUGAAGGUAGUCAAAAUAUACUGUGUAAAAGUAUAGGAAAGAAUGAGAUCUUGGCAGUCAGCUAGACCUUAUCUCCCUGCUCAAGGUAGGAUAUCUCAUCUCCAUUGCCAUGCUUAGCUGGUGUUAGAAUUUAAUAACCAGCACAUGAGAAUUCCAGCAGUUUGAGUAAAUAAAUAGGUUUGUUUUGUUUUAUUGCCAAUUUGCAACUGCAGCACACAGCACAAGCUCUCCCCCAAAAGACCAGGGCACUAACAUCUACUAAUGAAUACUAUUAAAGUUUUACUUUAAGGUGCAUGAAUUUCCUGGUUGGAAUUUUCUGUGGCAGAUUGUUCUGCACACAGUCAUAAUGCUGUACAUGUGGCAAAGUGUGAUUUCACACAUAGUGUCUGGCACCUUCAUGUUGGAUACUGUAUUUUGUCUUUAAGGGAAGAUUCUGGUAUACUGUU